AAAGAUUACAACAGCAACGAUCGAGUUUGUUGCGCCGCAUGAUUAAAUCCACAGACAGCCGAUUGAAACCCGCAGACCAGUCCAAAGCAAAACCCAAGAAAAAGCAUGACGAUGCACCGAAAAUUAUGGAAAGGCCACAGGGAAGUUCGGCGAUGUUCUUCCAAUACAAUACACAGCUGGGUCCUCCUUACCAUAUACUAGUCGAUACGAAUUUUGUCAAUUUCAGCAUUAAAAACAAACUGGACAUUAUUAAAACCAUGAUGGACUGUUUGUAUGCAAAAUGUAUCCCAUACAUCACGGAUUGCGUGGUGGCAGAAUUGGAAAAAUUAGGCCAAAAGUACAAACUGGCUCUCAGAAUAAUAAAGGAUCCUCGAUUUGAGCGACUCCACUGUAUGCAUCGGGGUACAUAUGCCGAUGAUUGUCUUGUACAGCGUGUCACUCAACACAAGUGCUACAUUGUGGCCACUAAUGAUAAGGAUUUAAAGCGUCGCAUUCGUAAAAUACCUGGUGUUCCAAUAAUGAACGUUGCGCUCAAUCGGUUCGUCAUCGAAAGAAUGCCAGACGCAUUCGAACCCAUGUCGAAGAAAUGA